AUGAAAGAAAAUAAUGUUCCAGAAACGGUAAAGCAAGCUGUUUUAACUCAAUCAACGCCUAUGUCUGCGGACGCUAUAAAGGUCAUCGGGCCUGACUUUAAUAAGAAACUUGAUUUGUCCGAUAUUAUUGGAAGUUAUGCACAAAUGGGUUUUCAGGCGACCAAUGUGGGCCAAGGAAUUGAAAUAAUCAAUAAAAUGAGAAAAUGGCGUCUCUCUGAUGAUCCUAUACUGUCUGACGAGACUGAUGAAUAUAAGGACAUUGAGAAGCGUGCUACUACAAAAUGCAAAAUAUUUUUCGGUUAUACUUCUAAUCUAGUGUCUUCUGGUCUCCGGGAAAUUUUUCGAUUUCUCGUGCAACAUUCGCUGGUUGAUGUAAUUGUAACUACUGCAGGUGGUGUAGAAGAGGAUAUAAUAAAGUGUUUAGCAGAUACUUACAUAGGAGACUUUAGUUUAAAAGGAGCGACUCUGAGGGAUCAUGGACUGAAUCGUGUAGGGAACUUGCUAAUACCUAAUCAAAAUUAUUGUUCAUUUGAGGAUUGGGUUUCACCGAUUUUAUAUCGUCUGGUAGCAGAGCAAAAAGAAGAGGGUGUAAUAUGGUCACCUUCUAAAAUCAUACAUAGGUUGGGUAAAGAAAUCAAUAACCCCGAAUCCAUUUAUUAUUGGGCUUACAAGAAUGAUAUUCCAGUGUAUUGCCCAGCAUUAACUGAUGGAUCGCUUGGGGAUAUGAUCUAUUUUCAUUCUUUUAAAGAUCCAGGCCUUAUUAUUGAUAUUGUGUCCGACAUCCGAGCUUUAAAUGAUCAAGCAGUAUUUGCAAAAAAGACCGGGAUAAUAAUAUUAGGAGGAGGCGUUGUGAAACAUCAUAUAUGUAAUGCUAAUCUCAUGAGGAACGGUGCAGAUUACGCGGUAUAUAUUAAUACUGGUCAGGAAUUUGAUGGAAGUGAUGCUGGUGCAAGACCUGAUGAGGCGGUUAGUUGGGGUAAAAUACGAGCCGAUGGCGAAAUGAUUAAGAUUUAUGCGGACGCAACAAUAGUUUUUCCGCUUAUAGUAGCUGAGACUUUUGCCAAAAAUUUUCAGAAUUCUUGA